AUGCCGAGUCUCCUCGCUCCACGUCUGGAAUGCUUCUACUGUGGCAUGCGAUCACCCCAUGUCAAGGACGGACGCACGCGACAAUUCACUUGCACCAGCUGCGAAGCCACAAACCACCUCGACUCGAAUGGAGACAUCACUGAUCCCCCGGCUACUCCAAAUCCUAAACAACCUGCUUCCUUUGCCCAUCCUCCUCAGCGACCCACUUCGCCCGUCCAGCCCGAGUCGUCCAACCUCUUCUGCAAAACAUGUCUCAAGAAUCAGCAAAUGGUCACUACCCUCCUCGCCGAGUACCUCCCCGCCGAGAACCAUCCACAAUAUCAAAAAUACGAAGCCGAGUACCCGCAAUAUCGCAAAGACCUCGAGCGUCGCUUUCCCCAAGUUUGCCUGAAAUGCGCCCCGAGAAUCGAACAACAUCUCAAGAGGACAAACUACGUCGCAAAGGCCGAUUUUCUCACGCGGAAUCUUGAACGUUCAAAAGCUCAUGCCUUCAACAACCUUCCCACUUCAUCCUCUCUCGCCAUAUCUGCCUUAAGCGUCGCCGCUAUGGCCUGGUGGGGAAGUGCUCUCUUUCAGGCUUACUGGCACGCUCUGGCUUUCUUGGGCAUUCCUGGAGACAAUGAGGAGGUCGCCGGCUUGACUCCUCUCAUGCUUGUCGGUUGUUCAGUAAAUGGCUUUCGCCUACACUUCCUACCAGCGGGUUGCGCUCAUCUCUUUGUCGACCUUGUCAAGAAAUCUUUAUAUCUGAGCUUCUGGCUUCUAUGGUGGAAUCCAACUUUCAAAGAUCGCCUAAGGUUCCCUUAUCGAACUCAUCAUGCAGUUGGACUGGCCGACUUUUACCGUUACCAAUUUGUAAUCCUCGCUCUGAGAGCUACUGCUUGGUGGUACUUGAGCGGGCCCUGGAUCGAGGGCUCGGCCAGUGAUAUCACAAAGGGCAUGCACGGUUGUGCUGUCCUGUUCAUUCUCCUGAGCACCGUCGCUUCUUUGCGCACCGUCAUCUACUCGUCCGCUCCCAGAGUCUCAUGGAAGGCUAGUACGGAGCCUCUGAUCGAGCCAGGGAGCUUCCAUCUCCCAGCUGACGACUUUGUCAGUCAGGCCUCACCUCAUCUUCCUACCAUGUCUCCUUCGCGGCAGCCAUUUCUCGUCGAGAAUUUGGGCUCCCAUCGCGUCACUCGAUCAGCCACACGAGCUGCAUCACCACUUUUGUCUCAAUUCUCUCGGCCAUCGCCAUCUCCUGGCCCUGCUCAGGAUAUGGAAGAUUCGAUGGAUUGGGAACCCAUCAACCAAUCUUCGCCCAUCCGACCUACUCAUACUGCUCAGGCCCCAGCAGCUUCAGCACUCCCACCCUUCUUGCGUCCAGCUGCAAGUAUGGCAACUGGUGAGAAAUCUCCCUUUACCGGUCGCCUACCACCAGCGCCCAUGUCGCCUGCACAUCGCCUACGGAAUCCUCCAGCACCGCCACAAUUUAAACCAACUCCUCUCUCGCAACAGCGCGACUUUUUCAAGAAGAUGGGACUUUCAUCCGCCAGCGUGCCUUCUCUGUCGAAAAAGCCUAAUGUGACAGAUGACCACGAUGACGAAGACUCUCCACGCAAACCCGCGUCCUACAUCUCUAGCUUGGACAGAAACAGGACAAAAGACCAUUUUGAGCUGCACCCAGCAAAAUGGACCUUACAAUCCGACAUGGAAGCCGCAGAGAAGGGCACAGGCCUCGAAGACAUGUUUACCUCGAGCUUUAACAUUGCUGACCCCAUGACUCCGAAAUCCGCGCGCCGCAGUGCUGCCCAAUCUCCUGCAUCACCUGCUGUUGGUGAGCGUCGGCAUAUCUUCGAUCAUAAUCCUAUCAACCCUGUCACGGAGGAAACUGCUGCACAGGUUGUGGUAAGGAAUGCUAAGGAGAUGGCUUUGCCUGUUGGUUUGGCGUUGGCUGCUGCGGUUGCUGCUUGGGCUAGGGAUCCAGGUGCUAGGGAGUGGAUUGCUGGGGUUUGGGGCGGAUGA